UUCAUUGCCAAGCAAAUGACUGUGUGCAUUCAGAGAAGGACUAUAUAUCUGUCUUCUACCUCAACUGUAAGAAAGAUCGAGCUACAUACAUACGUGCGUACUACCAUGGGUGCAUACACAACCAUAGCUCCGGUUGUCAGCAAGAUCUUCUGCAGCUCGUCGCACGCCGUGCUGAUGGUGCGCAGGCGUCCUCCGACAGUGAACGGCGGCGGCCUUGUUGUUACAAACCAGGAUCAGAGGGCCGCUUUCAGCGUCGAUGGCUGUGGAAUCAUCGGUGCUAGUGGGCAGUUGAUCGUCAGGAAUGGUGAUGGCAGUGCAAUCCUCUUCAUCCACAAGAAGGAAGGUGUCGUACAAGCGUUGAGUGUUAAUAACUGGUGGAGAGGAUAUCUGUCCGAUUAUGGUGAGCCAAGCAAGCUGGUUUUCAGCUUGCAGGAUCCUAAGCCUGUCCUCUUCAUGAAGGGUGACGUUCGGGUCACCGUGGAACCCAACGGGAGAAAGAGGCACUGGGACUACGAGGUGACUGGAUCCUUUGCUCAGAGAUCUUGUGCCAUCAAGAACCGAGCAGGCCAGGUUGUAGCGCAGAUUGGUGCGAAGGGGAUGAUGGCAGGCAGGGACUUCUACCAAGUGGUGGUGCAACCGGGCUACGACCAGGCCUUUGUGGUUGGCAUUAUUGCCAUUCUUGACAACAUGAAUGGAGAGUCCACAAGCUGUUAAUGUUACAACUUACAAGAUUUGAGACUGCUCAUAUCCCUGUGUCGAUAAGAUCCAUUCCAUUGUUAGAACACAGUUGUGUAGCUUGAUUAUUUUAUUGGACUGUACAUUUCUUACUGUAUCUUUUCAUUGAUAGGUUACCGUGUACAUGAUAAUAUGAUAUAUAUCUGUAAUAUUAAAGUGUGUUGCGCU